AUGGCGGCGUCAACAGUCCCCAUUUCUCAGUGGCCGUCGCUGCUGUACGCGCCACCGACUUCGCCUGCAAAGCCUGCAGUCGAAGCCCUCGCAGAAAUGCAACUUGAUGAUCUCCACUACCCGAGACAAAUGCUCCUCUGCAGAGGCGCGGGGUACUCCUUCGCCCAGUGCAACCGCAUGGCCCAGCCUGACGCGCGGGUAACCCCCGAAAACCCGGCAGAGCAGCUGAUGCAGGAGGAAGCGUAUGCGGCGAUUUCUUGCCUGGCUCAGAGAGAGGGCGGCAAGGACGAGCAAUGCAGAUAUUACAUCGAGCGCAUGUACAAACUCGCCAACAAGGAGAAGCCUCCCGAGUCCGGAAUGCUGAGCAAGGCGGCCACCCUUGCGUGCAAACUCCUCGGCGUCCAACAAAAGAAAAACGACGCAUAG